AUGAAUUAUACAAUGAAGAACAAGAAAAAAAACCAACUAAAAAAUCAAAAACAACUACAAAAUUACCAAAGAAACCAAAAUUCAAAGUUGGAUGAAGGUAAUGAUGAUAUGGUUGAAGAUUUAAGAUUUUGA